AUGGCGCGGUGGUUGUCAUUCUUUGCAGAAUACAACUUUACGGUCGAGUACAAACCAGGACGACUUAGUAUUGUCGCUGAUGCACUCUCACGUCGUCCCGACUUUGAACCAGUCGUGAAACCCAACAGUGAGACAGUCACUGUUGCGGUUAUGACGUCCUCAGUACCAUCUUCAACGUUGCAUGAUGAUGAUGUGAGGCGGGCGUAUGCCCAAGGUGCCGUUACUGGUGACACACCACGUGUUGUCAUUCCAGAUGAUACUGAUCUGCGUUUGCGGAUCAUGUUCGAGUAUCACGAUGCUCCUAUAGGAGGACAUCGUGGCUGGGAGAAAACAUAUCUCACGGUGAGUCGAGACUUUUACUGGCCCCGCCAGUAUUAG